AUGCCCCCUCCCCUCCCCUUCCCCUCCCCAUCCCCCUUCCCCCUCCCCUUCGCGCCCUCACCCCCUGCCCUUCCCGCCCCCACCCCCUCCCCUUCCCCCGCCCCCACCCCUUCCCCCGCCCGAACCCCUUCCCCUUCCCCCGCCCCCGCCCCUUCCCCUUCCCCCGCCCCCGCCCCUUCCCCCGCCCCCGCCCCUUCCCCCGCCCCCGCCCCUUCCCAUUCCCCCGCCCCCGCCCCUUCCCCUUCCCCCGCCCCCGCCCCUUCCCCCGCCCCCGCCCCUUCCCCCGCCCCCGCCCCUUCCCCCGCCCCCGCCCCUUCCCAUUCCCCCGCCCCCGCCCCUUCCCCUUCCCCCGCCCCCGCCCCUUCCCCUUCCCCCGCCCCCGCCCCUUCCCCUUCCCCCGCCCCCGCCCCUUCCCCUUCCCCCGCCCCCGCCCCUUCCCCUUCCCCCGCCCCCGCCCCUUCCCCUUCCCCCGCCCCCGCCCCUUCCCCUUCCCCCGCCCCCGCCCCUUCCCCUUCCCCCGCCCCCGCCCCUUCCCCUUCCCCCGCCCCCGCCCCUUCCCCUUCCCCCGCCCCCGCCCCUUCCCCUUCCCACGCCCCCGCCCCUUCCCCUUCCCCCGCCCCCGCCCCUUCCCCUUCCCCCGCCCCCUCCCCUUCCCCUUCCCCCGCCCCCGCCCCUUCCCCUUCCCCCGCCCCCGCCCCUUCCCCUUCCCCCGCCCCCCUCCCCUUCCCCCGCCCCGUAUUUCCAAGGCACCAUAACGAGAUACACAACAGCAGCAGUGAAGGCUAG